AUGCAGGAAAAUCCGAGGGUUUAUUCAUCCUUAUUUCAACCUCUGAAUCAAGUGACAAGCUUAUUGACCUACAGUCUGCUCUCCGUUGCUUUGCUACUCUUAUUCCUAUUCCUAAUUGUAUUACUGAUUUAUCGACGUCGUCACAGAGAUGGAAAAUCUAACAAACACUCAUUUUUUAUUAGUUUCAAUCCAGCAAGACGUUUACAUUCAAGCAGUGGGAAUGGUUCAUCUAUCCUGGGACUAGGUAGUGAUUUAACGACGAGUGGUUUACCGCUUGAUUUAGCUACUCUUGAGCCAUUAUGGAAUCAAGAAGUUAAUUCAUUAUACGGCAUUAGUAAACCUGAUCUUAACAACUUUGAACAAGUCCCACAGAUACCAGCAGCAAAUAUACGUUUUCUACGUUAUAUUGGGUGUGGAGCAUUUGGUAAAGUGUGGGAAGGUUGGCUUCAUGUUCGUGAUGCGAAUGGGGAACGAUUUGAAAAGGUUGCACUAAAAGUACGAAAUUGUAAAUCACUAACUGAAGCUGAAUUUAAACGUGAAGCGACACUUAUGCACAAAUAUCAACAUACAAAUAUUGUACGAUUCUUCGGUGUGUCAUUUGACUCACCUGGACAACAAUGUCUUGUUCUAGAAAUGAUGGAUCAGGGCAAUUUAAGAGAUUAUCUUCACCGUUCACGGCCUAGAAUUGCACCUGAUAUAGCUGCGAAUGUUUUUGCUGCUGCAGCUAUCUGUGCCGCUGCUGGAAGAACAGGAGGUUCUGAUGGCUCGUCAGUAAACACGAGCACAACUAGUACGGCGCCGGGUGGUGGAACGCCAAGUGCUUCAAACGUUAUUACAUUGACAGCACAAUUAGAUCUACCUGCACUAGUCACUAUAAUGAGAGAUAUAUGUCAUGGAUGCCGUUAUCUUGAGGAGCAACACUUUGUCCAUAGAGACAUUGCAGCACGAAACUGUUUAGUGAGUCAUAAUCAUUCAAGUGGACGUAUAGUCAAAUUGUGUGAUUUCGGACUAGCACGAGAUAUUUAUAAAAAUGAUUACUAUCGUAAGCGCAAUGAACCCAAAUUACCUGUGAGAUGGAUGUCGCCAGAAGCUAUUCGUGAUGGUUUAUUCACAACAAAAUCUGAUGUUUGGGCGUAUGCUGUUACCUGCUGGGAAGUUUUAACCCUAGGUGCUGAUCCAUUUUACGGCCGAGCGAAUGUGGAUGUCAUGAAUUUAGUUAUUGGUGGACACGUUUUGGGACGUCCUGAAAAUUGUCCAGAAGAACUUUAUAAUCAACUACUACAAUGUUGGAGUCGAUUCACAGAAAUGAGACCAACAUUUGGACAGUUAUGCAAAAAGAUGGAUGAAUUCAUUAUGGCUUCACAAAAUAAUCAAAGCCCCUUCUCGCAACCAUUUGUUGUAUCGUUGCCUCUGCCUAAAAGUUUACAAGGUAGAUCAGGACAACAAGCAUCCAUGUAUGGUUCCAACAAACCACAUCACGAAUCAAAUGAUUUAUCACUUUGCAUGCUUUCUAAUAACUGUCAACGUAGAACAUCUCUAGAUGGUGGACGCCCAGUAAGCGACAUGGAUUCAUCGCUAAUUAAUGAGACCAAUCUAUCCCAAGGAAUGAGCUCCAGUAAACAACUUCUACUAUCAUCCAACAAUUCUAAAGACUUGAAGCCAUCGGCAUUUCAUACAAAAAGCCGUUCGUAUGCAGAAACAGCUACUCGUGGUUACAUUGUAACACCUGGUGUUGAAGGCAUUAGUAUGAAUAAGUUCAACUACCGGGAGUCUCGAAUGGAGAACCGAAUUUACACCUCAUCAACUGCCCCACUGGCUGGUGCUUAUGAAUGUUCAAUGUCCGAUCCAUCCACGGAACAGACGACAUUGGCGACCACAUCGAAUGGUACUGAAAGUAAUAGACAAGCCUCGGUUAAGGUGAAAUCGCGGUCAAUACAUGGUAAUACGGAGAACAGAAUUGAUAAAAUGACAAACUCAACAAAUGCGAUUCUGCAACAUCGGCAAAACCAAAUCCAACCACCAAGUUCAAACUUUUGCUUAGACACCUUAUUACGCGAUCAAAAUGGCAUAAAGGCAAAUUCUUACAAAACUUUGGGUUUUCAUGAUAAGAGUAGUAAUCACAGUAAUAAGUUCAAUUCCCUCAGUACCACCGAUGCUAAUAACAGUGAUCAAAGAGGGAGUCAUCUAGUUCCGUUUAAUUACAACCAUGCACAUAGUAAGCCACUACAUUCUAAAUCAUUUAAUUCAAAAUCAACCAGUAUGGUAGACACUAUGCCUCAUAGUGGUAGUGGAUCAACCAAUAACCGGAGUCUAACAGCUUAUUGGUUAAUGGAAACUGGUGGUGGUGUUGACUCACUAGGUUAUGAAAGACCAUCACUAAUCCGUACAUCAUUUCCAUCUCAGACGAACUCAGCGAAUUCACAUGGUGAAAAUACUAAUAUUUCAACAUUCAUUGAUCAAAACUGUAACAAUGACUUUCUUGAAAGAGUUAUUUGCAAUCACCAAUCGCUAAAAAAGGCAUCAACUAACGUAUUAACAACCUGAGUUUGAAGCAUUACUGAGGAAGUGACCUUCGUAUGUUACGAAACAAUUAACGCACAAUCACAAAUAUAAAUAAGUACACAUACAGUGCCAUAUUAAAAGUAUUAAUUAUCGGAUGGCAAGUAUUCUAUUUUAACACACUGAAGUUUAUUUGUUUUCUCCUUUGACUUUAAC